AUGUGCAUUUUUAGGGCCAUCACAUGUUCGUUGAUGUCCGGUCGCUAUCUUCCCUCAUCAAUGACCGCUUGUGGUUUUGCUUGUCAUCUUCGCGCUUCUCUUCAUCGAUUCUACAAGUGGGUUACUCGGGCAUUAGCACCCACGCUACCGCGAAUGCACUUCACGAUGCCGAAAAGUACACAAUGGUCCAUAACGAUUGAGCGAGCCCGGUUGAAGCAGGCAGCCAUGUUGUUGGGCCAUCACAUGUUCGUUGAUGUCGGGCCUCUCUCUUCCCUCGUCAAUCACCGCUUGUCGUUUUGCUUGUCAUCUUCGCGCUUCUCUUCAUCGAUUCUACAACCACACUACCGCGAAUGCACAUCACGAUGCCGAAAAGAACAGCGAUGCCCACAACAAUUGAACCAACGUUUUGGGCAGGCAGCCAUGUUUUCGAAAUUUAGCACGUGGGCGACUAUUCGAAUCGCCCAACCUGAAGCCGGCGAAAUCUCACAGAGAAUGGCCACUCGCCGCCACCCAACUCGGAACAAUCGUCAUUCGGGAACGAACAUCGGCUAUCUUCUCUUUUCCUCGACUUCGUCACGAGGUAUCUCUUUGGCAACAACUUGGCUGGCGGUGAAAUAUUCAAAAGAAACAGAUCUGGUUCUCGUCGACGGUUUUUCAUGGUGUCGAUUGUUGGGUGACCGAAUGGAUCGAUUAUUUUUAUGUGAUUUCGCCGACAUCUCCACACUACCGCGAAUGCACUUGACGAUUCCGAAGAGAACACCGAUGCCCACAACGGUUGAACGAACGGCAGACAGCCGGAGACAUGUGGGCGAUCAUUCGAAUCACCCAACCUGGCAACUGGCCGGCGAAAUUUCACAGAGAAUGGCCGCUCGCCGCCACCCAACUCGAGGCAAUCGUCAUUCAGGACUCUUUUGGCAACAACUUGGCUGGCGAUCAAAUAUACAAAAGAAACGGAUCUGGUGGGGAUACGGCGUUGUCGAAAUGAUUGCUGGGUUCUCGUCGACGAUUUUUCAUUGUGUCGAUUGUUUGGUGACCGAGCGGAUCGACGAUUUUGUGGCCACACUGCCGCGAAUGCACUUCACGAUGCCGAAAAGUACACAAUGGUCCAUAACGAUUGAGCGAGCCCGUUUGGAGCAGGCAGCCAUGUUUUUGAUGCAAAUACGAUUGCAUGAACCAACAUCGGCUAUCUUCUCUUUUCUCAACUUCGUCACGACGUACAUUUGGCAACAACUUGGCUGGCGAUCAAAUAUACAAAAGAAACGAAUCUGGUGGGGAUACAGUGUUGUCGGAAUGAUUGCUUGGUUCUCGUCGACGAUUUUUCAUUGUGUCGAUUGUUCGGUGACCGAGUGGAUCGACUAUUUUUAUGUGAUUUCGCCGACAUCUUUCUUCUCAACAAUCUUCGAUCUAUUGCUUAAUUUACUCAAAGUCGAAAUCUAUCUCCCAGCAAUGGCGUGUCGCUUUUAUGGAAUAUUUUAUACGAUUUUUGGCAUGAGUGUCACUUGGGCCAUGUUUCUCGGGUUCAUCUCAAUUUGGGGAAUGGUUGGUGGAACGACGGCUUGUUUCCUCUUUCGACAUGAACAAGUCCUUCCACCGGAUCAUUGGAUCAAAUUAGGAGUGUCAAAAUGGACCUGGAUUCUUGUCGCCCAUGGUGUGCCGUAUGUCGGCGGCGGUUUAUAUGGGAUUUGGUCAUUCCCAUUCGAGCAUCCACCAAAUGCGAGCGGGUUGCCGAAGUUGAUCGAGGCGUACCCCCAAAAUGCCUAUCUCCAAUAUGAGACUGACACAUGGAUCGGUGACCCAAACGCUCUUCUAAGUCCACCAAUUUUCGAUUUAACUUGUGUACAAUUAUUGUUGUAUUCGGCAUUAUGUCCAAGUGUCGAAAUCCCUAUUGUGGCUAUAGUCCCCGUAAUCACCAUUGUAGUCCCAUUCUCGAUUCUCGCUUUAUUGUUGGUGUUAGGCGAAACAUUACCACAAGAAGUUCUCAACGCCAACAGCAUCAACGUCACCUUGCAUGGGAAAGUCUGUUCCAUUCUCAUCAUUGCACUCACUCAACCGUAUCGAAAAUUUUUCCUUGAUCAGCUUAAACAAGUGCUAAAAUUUGUUAACUUCUCGAAAAAGAUGGAAAACUAUCCAAAAUCAAAGAAGUUCACAUCGAGGAGA